UAGAAAUUUUCACAAGCAAACAUCCAGAGCCACCUUAAAAAAGCAACAUGAAAGAAACUAAGAAACCAGCUGCAACUGAGAAAUUUUGCUGUAUUUCCAAGUUUAAGGUAUUUCUGCUGGCAUCAUCAUUUGCAUAUCUAGCUAAAACUAUGUCUGGGGCUUACAUGAAUAGCAUGCUCACACAGAUAGAAAGAAGAUUUAAUAUUCCAGCCUCUCUGGUGGGCAUUAUUAAUGGAAGCUUUGAAAUUGGAAACUUGUUGGUGAUAGCAUUUGUGAGUUACUUUGGUGCAAAACUUCAUAGACCAAGAAUAAUUGCUUUGGGGUGCACAGUUAUGUCUUUUGGCUGUCUUUUGAUAUCACUACCUCAUUUUCUCAUGGAACGGUAUCAGUAUGAAACUGCCCUUUCACCAUUAGAGAAUUCUUCAUCAAGCAUGUCCAUGUGUCUCAUAAACCAAAGCCAGUCCUUCACACAUAUGGAGAAACAAUCAGCAGAGUGCGAACAAACGUCUGGGUCCUUGAUGUGGGUGUUUGUGUUGGUAGGAAACAUAAUACGAGGCAUUGGUGAAACUCCCAUCAUGCCGUUAGUCAUUUCAUAUGUGGAGGAUUUUUCCAAAGCAGAAAAUUCACCUUUUUACAUAGGGUGCCUACAGAUAGCAACUGUGAUAGGUCCUUUUCUUGGUUUCAUGUUGGGAUCAUAUUGUGCACAGCUGUAUGUGGAUCUGGGAUUCACAGAUAUAGAGGAGGUGACUAUAACACUUACUGAUGCCCGUUGGGUUGGAGCAUGGUGGCUGGGCAUUCUGAUUUGUGCAUCAGUAAAUCUGCUCGCUGGAAUACCUUUUUGUUUUCUGCCCAAGUCCCUUCCAAAGGAAGGACAAGCAAGUGAGACUGAGUUAUUAAGUAUGAGAAAUGCAUCACUGCUACAAGAGAGAAGUGAAACUCAAGCCAAACGGAAAAUGCGUGAAAUCACUAAAGAUUUCAUCCCAUUCCUCAGGAGUCUGUUUCACAACCCAGUUUAUAUGUUGUUUAUAUGCAUAACUGUGAUGCAGUUCAGUGCUUACAUUGGUAUGAUAACCUUCAUGCCAAAAUAUUUGGAACAACAGUAUGGGAAAUCUGCAUCACAGGCCAUCUUUUUAAUAGCUGUUUACAAUUUACCAGUUAUAUGCAUUGGAUAUUUUCUUGGAGGCUUUCUAAUGAAGAAAUUUAAGAUAAGUACCAUUCAAGCUGCCAACAUAGCCUUUUGGAUCUCUUUAAUUGAAUACCUAAUCUACUUUGCUGCUUAUUUCACGGUCUGUGAAAAUUCUCCAGUUGCUGGUCUAACAGUCUCCUAUGAAGGAAUAGAACAGGUCUCAUACAUGGAAACAACCUUACUUGCUGACUGCAACAGUGAUUGUGAUUGCUCAGUUAAAGUGUGGGACCCUGUCUGUGGGGCGAAUGGAAUAACGUAUGUUUCACCUUGUCUUGCUGGUUGUACAGCUUCAGAUGGAACAAGAAAAUAUACAGUAUUUGAAAAUUGUACCUGUGUUGCAGCUUCUGGAUUUUCAUCUGAAAAUGUCUCUGCGGUUCUGGGCCAGUGUGACAAAGAAGCAAACUGUGACAUGAUGCUUCAUUACUUUUUAAUAUUAUGCAUAGUCUGCAGCUUAAUUUAUUCCUUAGGAGCCAUGCCUGGAUAUAUGGUUUUAAUAAGGUCUCUAAAGCCUGAAGAAAAGUCAUUUGGUAUGGGUAUCCAUACACUUGCUUCAAGAGUAUUUGCUGGAAUUCCAUCUCCCAUUUAUUUUGGAGCUUUGAUAGACUCAACAUGUUUGAAAUGGGGAACUCUGAGUUGUGGUGGUGAAGGAGCAUGUAGGAUGUAUGAUAUUGUCACAUACAGAUGGUUCUACCUGGGACUGCCAGCGAUAUUACGUGGAGUGUCCUACAUCCCAUGUGUGUUAAUUCUCCUUAUUUUAAAGAAACAACUUAAAUCUUCUGACGGGAAGACCUUAAAGAGGUCACCAAUGGCAAUGGAAGCCAUAGAAGAGCAAAAUGACUGAACAGAGAAGCAUUCAAGCUCAGACUUUUGCAGGGCACAUCAUGAGACAGCCUCAUAGUGUAAACUUGAACAUAUCUUUACUAAUGAUUGAUGACUGAAACUAGUGAACACUUGGACUGAGAUUAAUAUAAUUACACAUAGCUAGUUCUCAGUUCCCUUCUUUAAAAUAUCAUAUAGAACACAGUAGACAGGAAAAAAGUGUGUGAAUGGUAUAAAAGCACUGAAACUCUCAAUAUUAUAAUAACAUAGGAAAUGUCAGAGGCUUGUGAUCUGAGGAUAGUACCGGGAAUCAGCUGAGGUGAAAUCCUGGCUCCAUUGAAGUCAGUGGGACUUUUGCCACGGAGUUCAAUAGGGCCAGGAUUUCAUCCUUGAAUUCUACAUCCAGUUCUGUCACAACCUCACUUUGUGAUCUUAGGCAAGUCAUUUAACUCCCCAUGCCUCAGUUUCCCAAGAUGCAGGUAAUACUGAUUUAUCCUGUUGUGAGGUGUCACAGCCAUGGUCAAAUUCCCCUUGCUGGACACUCACAGCUUGCUGUUUUUGGAUGCCAGCACUGGACCUGUGUACUUCUGGCUUGCUGAGUCCAAGCAGAAUCCAGGCAAUGCCUCUGGCUUUGGGUCUCUAGGUAGACACUCAGAGUACAGAUCCUACAUUUAGCACUUAUUUCUGAGAACUGGGACUUUUCAGCCAACUAGUCUUGAGACUAGUGUCAGCUCCCUGAGUAGCUUAAGCACACCUUUCCCAGAGCUCCAACCUUGCAGGCAGUUUAUAGUUUACCUCUUCAGGGACACAGUGCAAAUAGACAGAGAUUACAGAAGCAUUUCUAACACACUGACUUUUUUCUGUAGACAGCACAAAAGAUACAUAGAUUUAGGAAAAUAAGACACUCUUCCACAUGAAUCCCUGUCUUAUUUCCUCACCACUCUUGAGAUUUCUUUGGGAUGUGAGUCGGUGUCCUUCAGGGUCCAAGGGGGUCUCCUCUGCUGGGCCAUAAUCCUCCAGUUCAUGACUUUCCCUUCAAAUCAUAGAGUCUCUCUGACCUCUGCAGUCCGUUUUCUUCAGCUUUGGCUGGUCCCACAGUCAACAGGUCCCCUCUCCCUCCUAAAGCCUGUCCCUUUGUUUCUCUCUUUGAGUCUCUCUGUAUUUUUAAAAGGCUGUACCAACACCUCAGUCUCUUUGUUCUCCCUCUAGGGAAAUUCUACUGCUCCUCUCCCCGGUCCCUGUAGACAAGUCAUGUUCAAUUGGGUCUCUUAGACUUCAGCCAUCACACUGUUUUAAGGUGCUCUCAUUUGAAUGUGAAGUAUGCGUGUUAUUGACUCUCCAUUGUCCCUGGUCUGGAAGGGAUGUGACACCAACCCUGAUAGCAUAUGGCUGACUUAACAUCCACUAAAGUAUUCAAUGAUAUAGCUGCUGCUGCUUCAUCCCCUUAUCCCAUCAACCAGGGUUGAGUUAUCAUGCAAGUAUCAGCCAUCUACAUCUGUCUGAAGUGGCACUAAGGUCCAGCUGUUUACCAUCUUCUUUGAUGAAAUCCACCCAACACUUGCUCAGCUUUCCUUGGGGUCUCUUUCCUACCUCCCUUUCCUCCCCUGCUGUCUUCACUAGGUCCCCUCCAUUCAUCCUCUGCAUGUGUCCAAACCAGUAAAGUUGCUGUCUUUUAUGAUAUUGGGCUUCAUUGCCUGCGCAGGUCACUGCUUUUUGUCUGACUCUUUGCUCUGACUGCUACUCCCCCUGACCCUUUGGAGGUCAGUUCAGAUGCUGGGUGCCAGAAAUCCUAUUGGCCAGUGACUGCCAGACUUAAGGCGGGUAAACUUCUGGUUUAGACAUGAAACACACUCCCACCAAUAGCAGUAGUCCCUCGUGGAGAAGCAUACUGGCCAGCCUCACUCCUCAUUAUAACCAGUAUCUAUUACAGCCCUUUGAUAACUUGCCACAAAAAGAAGAAAACCGCUUGCACCAACCUAGUCAUCUUGUGUCAGAGACUGUAGUGAGUUGGCUGAGGGCCUUUCUCCAUUUAGACUAAGUACUUUCUCAUUCUCUUCUCACCUUGUUGCCUUAGACCUGGUGGACCGUUAACAUGAGGUACUAGUGUUGCCUGUUACCCAAUAGCAGGUUUCAAAACAUGGAUGGGUUUUCCUUCUCCUAGGUAGUCUGCCCACCCAGCUAAGGGACCUCACCUACCCUGAGCUCUCUGGUUAUUUUAAAGGCACCAGAUAUUUGCUUUUCACACCCUCACUUUUAGUAAAAACAUAUGAUGGGAAAUCAGUGGCUACUGUAGAUACCAGCUUUUUUUAGGCAUUUUAUAGAUUCUGGGAGGUCAUUGCCAACCCCACUCUGGCCAGAACAGCCCCUUUGGGAAGCACAUUCAGUAAUAUAGCAAUUUUAUAAAAAUCAACCAAAAUUCAUAAAUCGGACAUAGACACAUCACCCCAAAUCAUCACAUGAGGAUUAGUUAAAGUUGUUUGUACAGAGCCUUGAAGAUGAAAAGUUCUCAGCAUUUGUGUGUGAUGUGACAAAUGGGCACACCUAAGGAGGAAAUAAAAAACGACACUUGUGAGGCUUGGUCUACCCUAUAUUGGCAUAGCUGUGUCAGUCAGGGGUGUGUGAAAAAUCAGACCCCUGAUCAACACAGCUAAUGCUAACAAAAACCCCAGCAUUGAUGCAGCCAUUGUGACAGAAGUGUGCUUUUGUUGGCAUAGAGAACAUUGUUGGGGAGGUGGUGUUCCUACACCUGCAGAAAAACUCCUUCUGUUAGCAUAGGCUGUGUCUACGCCAGGGGGCUAUGCCUGCAUAAUAUGCCAACACAGGCACUGUAGUGUAGAGGUAGCCUGAAUUAUACGUAAUAAAAGGGCAAAAUAGCCUUCCUUUGCCAAUUGUAUUGAUGGCUGUGAAAUAGCAAAUUUCCCCAUGUUUUUCCAAUUUGUAUCUGCCAUGGUAAAUGAUAGAAGUCACUAAUUUUUAUUAAUUAUUUUAUAUCUCCCAUAUGGAAGAUGCUCUAGUGACGAUCUGAACUGGAGCUGCCACUAACCAGCUGUCAGAGAUUCGAACUCUAGUGAGCAAGCUCCCCAGCAAUGUCUUAAAAUAUGGAGGGGCAGGGAGGAAGGAGAGAGAGACUUAAAGAUGUCUUGCAUCUCCAUUUGGCAUCUCCUUUGGACAAAGUGAUUUGUAAAUUGCAUCUUUUUUCCCCCCUCCCAUAUCUAAGGCUUGACUUGCCAUAUGUGUUAUCACUGGAGCUUAAAAUGGAGAGAACUUGCAUGGACAGCAUGACAUCCUAUUAAAAAAUUAUCCAUUUUUAAUGAAUGUAAGCCAAAAUAUUAAAAGUGAGGAAAAAGCUCAGCUUAGUCAUGUGUUUGCGUGUGUGCGCAUGUUCGUGAGAGCCUUUGAAAGUGUAUGUAAAG